CGAUAGGGCUGGAUAACACGAGGACGAUUCCAGUUUCUAGAAAAGCAUUUCCUUCAGCCCAACUUGCUGAUCUAUAUCCACUGGCCCCUCGACGUUACAUACGAUGACCGUCGUUCCAUCCCCACCUCCGAGCCCAAUUUCAGGUGGUCCGCUACCUCAGUAUGGGUAUGGCUCUGAUCAUACCUUUGAUCGCCUUAUCCAGGACAACCCCUUCUUAUUUCGCGUAUAUACUCCGAAGCAACGCUCCCCAUUCUUUGAUGCUACUGAGCCCUACUUUGUAGGCCAGAAGUACAACGAGCAAUAUAGAGAGGCCGCAGAGCGGCUUCGACAGCCGUUUACAGGCAAGUCAGUAGCUUCAACGAGCAGUUAUGCAGAUGUUGCCCAGCAUAUGGACUGGACGCAGAGACACAUGUCCCCCUACAUCUCGACUACGUUCAGCUUUGCCUGGGCUAUUUGGGAGGCUACCCGCAGGUACCGGGUUGGUCUUAAACACAACAUUGAAAUCGCCAUAAUCGAUUCACGUCAGCUCGCUGGUCGAGCUGCGACUGCUCUAGAGCUACUAAGAAAGGGCUCACCCAAUGAAAGGCAUCUGGACUACUGGAAGUGGUACAGAUUCGCAUUGGAGUCGCAAGACGUCCUUGUUCAUGGAUCUAUCCCCAGUUCGGCUGUUCUAGCCUCAGUCCCCCUUCUGAGCAUCAUCGAUAAACUCCCGUCAUACUUCUUCCGCCAAGAUACCAUUGUCGAUAAGCGGUCGUCUUCAUCGCAGUUAGAUAUCCUAUCAUGGGAUACCAUGGAUCGCAAGCCUAGUUUCCGCCAGUUCUGCCAAGAUAUGUCAGAUCAGUUCUUGCGCCUUCCCACUGAGCAUCGUCUUCGCGAUGCAACCGGAAGCUCCGUUCGCUUGGCAAUGUCAUUCCUGCGUCCCUGGUUCCAUAGUGUUGUCGUCGACGAUUUCACUGAAGCGACUGAGACAGUCUGCAGCCUUGCCUUCAUAAUCGCACAAUGGCCAGCUCAGUGGUGGUCACGAGAACACCUCGAGAUACGGGAUGUCAUUCGCUCCCUUGUCCAAUCUGUCGGCGAGGAAGUCCGAGAGAAGCAGAAGGGGGUGGCGGCAGAAGAAGUUCGGAGAUUGCAAGGGAUGUUCUCCAACCUUGAACGUGUUGUAGAGGACUACGAAGAGACCGAAGUUGGCUCAUCAGUCGGUUCCAUGGACGACAUGGUAGAAGCCAAGGUCGAAGGAUCCGUUGUUAUGCCCCCCUCCCCCCCAGCGUCUAUCGUCGAAUGGUCGGUGGACGAAGAUACUCUUAUCUUAGCGCUCCCAACAGCUACCGCCCCACCAGCUGCAUCUUUUUCGCAGGCUGCUUUGGGUGAUGUAGCCACAGCCGAUUCUGAGAGUCCAGAUAGCAAUCGGCCGAAGACACCCACCUUUAUCUUUGCCCCCACGAUUGUUGUUCACCAACAACAACGGUCCGCCAUAGAGCAGACUCGACCUACACCAGAAUCGGAAUCUCCUCAUGAAGAACCUCAGCGACACCCAAAGCGCCGACCACAUUCGCUGGCCGAAACCGCAACCUGUAUCGUCACAGGGCUGCUUGUUGGCGCUUUCAUAACUCUCUGUAUAGUCAACUCUCAAAAACGUACCCUCAUCUACGUUACGUAAAGCCCUAAGGCAAAGGACGAGAUAGGAAUAGUGCAAUGGAGAAGUGUUGUAA